GAGUUUUUUUUAGUUACAGAAGAACUGCGAAGUUGAAUUGUUUAUGAGGGACGGAAAGUGGCAAAAUUCUCUGUGUUGCAGUGUUGUAAAAGUGCACCAAAUGUGCUGAAAAUUUGCCUUGUGGCCUGGAGAACAGAGUGAAAUAACAAUGAGUUGGGGAACAGAGCUGUGGGAUCAGUACGACAACUUGGCUCUGCAUACGCAGAAAGGAAUCGAUUUCCUGGAUAAAUACGGCAGUUUUGUACGAGACAGAUGUGCCAUUGAAUUGGAAUAUGCAUCAAAAUUGAGGCGACUCGUGAAGAAUUAUCAACCAAAAAAGAAAGAAGAGGAAGACUAUGAAUACACGUCAUGGCAGGCAUUUAGGAAUGUGUUGAAAGAAAUUGGUGAUUUGGCGGGACAGAGAGAAAUUGUGGCGGAGACAUUGCAGGCAAAAGUAAUUCAUGGCAUCUCGUUGUUGUCCAAGAAUUUGCGCGAUGAUCGCAAAAAGUGUCUCACAGAAGGUGCUACGCUCACGCAUACGUUAGCAACGCAAAUUGCCGCAUUGGAACGGGCAAAGAGGAAUUACGAUAAAUCCUAUAGAGAUGCUGAGAAGUCCAUUGAGAACUAUCAGAAGGCCGAUGCAGAUCUCAAUUUGAGUCGUGCCGAAGUGGAAAAACAUAAACACAACAUGACCAUGAAAUGCCAACAGUCGGAUGAUUCGAAAAAUGAGUACGCCAAUCAAUUGCAGAAGAGCAAUAAUUUACAACGGACACACUAUGAGACAUCGCUACCAGAAGUAUUCAAUCGGCUGCAGGAGAUUGAUGAGAAGAGGACAAAGGGUAUUAAGGAGUUCAUUAAGAGCGCCGCAGAUGCCGAAUCAUCCGUUGCCCCAAUUAUUGCCCGGUGUUUAGAAGGUAUUGUAAAGGCGUCGGAGUCAAUUGAUGAGAAGGAGGAUUCAUUAAAAGUGAUAGAAAGAUAUAAAUCCGGAUUCACACCACCAGCAGACAUUCCAUUUGAAGAUUUAUCGAAAGUCGAUGCCGAAUCGUCGAAUUACUCCUCACAAAAUAAUUUAGGAAUAAACAAUAUGACACAAAAAGGAACAAUGGGUGCUAAUAAGUUAAAGAAGCGUGUCGGGAUAUUUGGAAUUUUCGGUAGUAACAAGAAUACUCUAUCGACGGACGGUAUGAAGGAAGACUUUAGUGAUUUGCCACCGAAUCAGCGGCGCAAGAAGUUGAUGGCGAAAAUUCAGGAGAUACAGCAGAAGAUAACACAAGAAACGGCGGCAUAUGAUGGGCUCGUGAAGAUGAAAGGUGUCUAUGAGGCCAACACAAUGCUGGGUGAUCCAACGACAGUGGAUGCCCAGUUGAAUGAGUCCGGAAGUCGACUGGAGAAACUCAAGAGUGAAUUGAAGAAGUUCAAAAUGUACUUGGACGCGGCAAAUAAUGCGCAAAUGAUGCAACAUAGUCCACAGACACACAGAAAUAUGUACAAUGGGCAGAGAUCUUCACGGCAUUCCAAUGGUAGCGGGGAGAAUGAAGAUGGAGAAGAUAAUCCAGACGAUGCGGGAAGCUUAAGCAGGUCAGCAUCUGAGGGUAGUGUGGCACAGGCGCAAAAUGGGCUUAACAUUAAUAAUAAUGGCAGUUCAGCGAGUCCGGAAAGUGGUUUGGGCACAUCACACACUUCCCUUCCGGGCUCAGGGCACGGAAGUGCGAAUGAUAACAACCACCCAGAAGAUAUGUACUAUGAAGCUGAACUUUUACAGCCUCUGGGAACAUGCAAAGCACUCUAUCCAUUUGAUGCCACCAGUGAAGGAAGCAUCCCAAUGGCUGAAGGUGAAGAACUUCAAGUUAUUGAAUUGGAUCAAGGAGACGGCUGGACAAGAGUUCGUCGCAUGUGCGGCUCUAAUGGAUGGGAAGAAGGAUUUGUACCCACGAGUUAUAUUGAGAGUACACUCUAUGCAUAGGAGGAACAUACUGUGUAGUAAAUUUUUUUAAUAGGUAAUGACUAUAUAAUUAAUUUCCAUGCAUUACUAUGAGAAGAAAUAGUCAAGAAAAUUAUUUUAAAAAAAGUGAAGAAAAAAAAACAUUUUUAGCAAAAUUUCCGCAAACACUCAAAGAAAAAAAUUCUGAGUUCCACAGUGUGGUCAAAAAAAAAGUUAAAGAAAAGAAAAUUAAUAAAAUGAUAUUUCGUAAUUAAUCUUAAUAUAAUAAAAAGAGAAAAAUGCAAUUUAAAUUUUUAUUAAAUGCGCAAUAUAAUUUAUCAAAAAACUUGCAAAAUUGCAGCGCAGAUAUCAAAUACACACACAGAAAAAAAUAAUCAAUAGAUUUAAAUGAAUUAUUAAAAAAAAACUAUUUAUGAGUGUAAAAGGGAAACGAACUCACCAGAAAAAAAUUAAACAAAACUUUUUACAAAAUAUUCUAUUGACUGAAUUAUUUCUAAUUAAACAAAAAAAAAUGAGAGAUACUAAACAAGAAAUACUUUAAAAACAUUUUUUUAGCUAUAAAUUGCUCAUUUUCCUAAAAGAAAAAAGAAUGCAAAAUUUGUACAUAAAUACUGGUCCUAUUUUUUUUAAACGUAUAGACGAUUAAAUGAAAUUUAAAAUUAAUAAAAUGUGUAGAAGGUGAGAAAAUGGUAAAACUUUGCAAAAUAUCUUUUUGUAGCGAUUAAAUUAUAAUAAAAAACAACUGAUGAUGAGAAUUGAAGAAAAAUCAUUAAUAUAUAAAUAUUAAAAUGUAAUCAGAAGAAUCGUUUCAAAUAAAUUUCAAUGCAGAGAGUAUUAAUAAAAAUUGCUAUAUUAGUUCAGGUUUUUAUUUUUCAUUUAAUCUAAGUUUGAAAUCUCUUUGUAAAUAAA